GCGACUUGCUCUGGCAAGCUGGAACUCGACGUGCCUUGCAAAACAUUGCCUCUCUAUCUCGGCCGGCUGCAACGCUUCCUUUCCACAGCAUAGCCGCGCCGGCUUCGGCGCAUCCCCCGGAAGCAUGGCGACGACGUCGAACAUGUUCCUGUAUUCCCUGACGAUCCAGCCGCCGACGACCAUCACGCAGGCGCUGCUGGGCCAGUUCUCGGGGACCAAGGAGCAACAGAUCAUCACGGCUUCGGGCUCGCGUCUGACGCUGCUCCAGCCCGACCCCCGCCAGGGCAAGGUCAACACCCUGAUGUCGCACGACAUCUUCGGCAUCAUCCGGUCACUUGCCUCCUUCCGCCUCGCCGGUAGCCACAAAGACUACAUCAUCCUCGCCACAGACUCGGGCCGCAUUGCCAUCGUCGAGUACCUGCCCAAGGAGAACCGAUUCUCGCGCAUCCACCUGGAGACCUUCGGCAAAUCGGGUGUGCGCCGCGUCAUUCCCGGCCAGUACCUGGCUGCCGACCCCAAAGGGAGGGCAUGCCUGAUCGCGUCCAUCGAGAAGAACAAGCUGGUCUAUGUUCUGAACCGGAACGCCCAGGCCGAGCUGACCAUCUCGUCGCCGCUCGAGGCUCACAAACCUGGGGUUCUGGUGCUGUCGCUCGUGGCCCUCGACGUCGGCUAUGCCAAUCCCGUCUUCGCCGCCCUCGAGAUCGACUACUCCGAAGCGGACCAGGACCCCACGGGUGAGGCUGGCAGGGAGGCCGAGGCGCAGCUCGUUUACUACGAGCUCGACCUCGGCCUGAACCACGUCGUGCGCAAGUGGUCCGAUACCGUUGACCCGACCUCUUCGCUUCUCUUCCAGGUACCCGGUGGCAACGACGGGCCCAGCGGUGUCCUGGUCUGCGGCGAGGAGAACGUCACCUACCGCCAUUCGAACCAGGAGGCCUUCCGCGUUCCCAUUCCCAGGCGGCGCGGUGCGACUGAGGACCCGCAGAGGAAGCGCACCAUCGUGUCCGGCGUGAUGCACAAGCUGAAGGGCAGCGCGGGCGCCUUCUUUUUCCUCCUCCAGACCGACGACGGCGAUCUGUUCAAAGUCACGAUCGACAUGGUGGAAGACAGCGAGGGUAACCCAACUGGCGAGGUGCGCCGGCUCAAGAUCAAAUACUUCGACACGAUCCCCAUCGCCCACAGCCUGUGUAUCCUGAAAAGCGGCUUCCUCUUCGCCGCGAGCGAGUUCGGCAACCACCACUUCUACCAAUUCGAGAAGCUCGGAGAUGACGACGAGGAACCAGAGUUCACUAGCGACGACUUCCCCACGGACCCUCGGGCUUCCUAUAACCCGGUCUACUUCCAUCCUCGGCCGCUCGAAAAUCUCGCGCUUGUCGAGAGCCUCAACUCCAUGAACCCCCUGGUCGACUGCAAGGUUGCGAACCUGACGGGCGAGGACGCGCCGCAGAUCUACGCCGUCUGCGGGAACAGGGCGAGGAGCACCUUCCGCAUGCUCAAGCAUGGCCUUGAGGUGUCCGAAAUUGUUGCAUCCGAGCUCCCGGGCACGCCCUCGGCGGUCUGGACGACCAAGCUCACCAAGUACGAUGAAUACGACGGGUACAUUGUGUUGUCCUUCACCAACGCGACCCUCGUGCUCAGCAUUGGAGAGACAGUAGAGGAGGUAACCGAGAGCGGCUUCCUGACGAGCGUGCCGACCCUGGCCGUGCAGCAGCUGGGCGAAGAAGGCUUGAUCCAAGUACACCCCAAGGGUAUCCGGCAUAUCGUCCAGGGCCGUGUCAACGAGUGGCCAGCCCCUCAGCACCGCUCGAUUGUCGCUGCCGCGACGAACGAGAGCCAGGUCGUCAUUGCUUUGAGCUCCGGUGAGAUCGUCUACUUCGAGAUGGAUGCCGAUGGCUCCCUUGCCGAGUACGACGAGAAGAAAGAAAUGUCGGGGACGGUCACGUCACUGAGCCUGGGCAAGGUACCCGAAGGGCUCACGCGGAGCUCAUUCCUGGCUGUCGGGUGCGAUGACUGCACGGUUCGCAUUCUCGGCCUUGAUCCAGAGUCGACGCUGGAGAUGAAGUCCAUCCAAGCACUGACUUCGGCCCCGUCGUCCCUUUCCAUCAUGUCGAUGGAGGACUCAACUGGCGGCAACACGCUAUACCUGCACAUUGGCCUGCAUUCUGGUGUCUAUCUGAGGACCGUCUUGGACGAGGUCACGGGCGAGUUGACCGACACGCGUUCCAAGUUUCUCGGCCCCAAGCCCACCAAGCUCUUCCAGGUGUCGGUGCAGAACCAGCCGUGCGUCCUGGCCCUUAGCUCGAGGCCUUGGCUCGGCUACAUGGAUCCCCUCUCCAAGAACUUCGUCAUGACACCGUUAAGCUAUGCCGAGCUCGAAUACGGCUGGAACUUCAGCAGCGAGCAAUGCCUUGAAGGCAUGGUCGGUAUCCAUGCCAACUUCCUCAGGAUCUUCACGAUUGAGAAGCUCGGUGAGACAAUGAUCCAGAAGUCCAUCCCGCUCACAUAUACCCCAAAGCGACUGGUCAAGCAUCCUGAACAGCCGUACUUCUACACCAUCGAGGCCGACAACAACACCCUGCCACCGGAACUCCGGGCCCAGCUCCUGGCCCAAUCCGGUGCCGUGAACGGAGACGCGACGGUCCUGCCGCCAGAAGAUUUUGGUUAUCCCCGGGCCAAAGGCCGAUGGGCCUCCUGCAUCAGCGUUGUGGACCCUGUCAGCGAGGAGCCCCGGGUGCUUCAGAGAGUCGACCUGGAGGGGAACGAGGCCGCUGUGAGCGCGGCUGUCGUUCCGUUCGCUAGCCAGGAGGGGGAGAGCUUCCUCAUCGUUGGCACCGGGAAGGAUAUGGUGCUGAAUCCGCGCCAAUUCACCGAGGGGUACAUCCAUGUUUAUCGCUUUCACGAGGAUGGCAGAAGUCUCGAGUUCAUCCACAAGACAAGGGUUGAGGAGCCUCCCAUGGCUCUCAUCCCGUUUCAAGGUCGCCUCCUUGCCGGCAUUGGCAAGACUCUCCGGGUCUACGACCUCGGUCUCAGGCAGCUGCUCCGAAAGGCCCAGGGGGAAGUGGCGCAGCAACUGAUCGUGUCGCUGCAGACCCAGGGCAACCGCAUCGUUGUGGGCGAUGUCCAGCAGGGCGUCACCUACGUCGUCUACAAGCCUGAGAGCAACAAGCUCAUCCCCUUUGUUGACGACACGAUCAACCGGUGGACCACCUGCAUCACCAUGGUUGACUACGAAUCCGUCGCCGGCGGUGACCGGUUUGGCAACCUGUGGAUCGUGAGGGCCCCAGAACGGGCCAGCCAGGAAAGCGACGAGCCGGGCUCCGAGGUCCAGCUUCUCCACGCCCGCAGCUACCUCCACGGCGCGCCCAAUCGGCUGAACCUGAUGGCCCAUUUUUACCCGCAGGACCUGCCCACGAGCAUCACCAAGACCAACCUCGUGGUGGGCGGGCAGGACGUGCUCGUGUGGAGCGGGAUCCAGGGCACGGUGGGCGUGCUGAUCCCGUUCGUCAGCCGCGAGGACGUGGAUUUCUUCCAGAAUCUGGAGAGCCACAUGCGGAGCGAGGACCCCCCGCUGGCCGGCCGCGACCACCUGAUCUAUCGUGGCUAUUAUGUCCCUGUCAAGGGGGUCAUCGAUGGCGACCUGUGCGAGCGGUUCAGCCUGCUACCGAACGACAAGAAGCAGAUGAUUGCCGGGGAGCUGGACCGCUCGGUGCGCGAGGUCGAGCGGAAGAUUUCGGAUAUCCGAACCAGGUCUGCGUUCUGAGGUCGCGACGUUGAAUUUUGUGGGCUUGCUUGAUUGCGUUACGGGAUUUUUUGUGUUAGACAUGUGUACGCGGGUUGGCGCUCGGGGGUGGAAACGGCGUUUAUUAUUGUCACGCUGAGUGAAUGCUUUAUCUCCAACG